GGUAAGUAACACAUCCUCCGCGCUCACAUGAGUGUGUCCAGUACAUAACCACAGCUGGUGUAUUCAUGAGUUCUACUGUCUCUCACCAGCGAGACAAACGCUCACUCGACUAUGCUAUUCGAUCUGGAAUUGCUGGUGGUUUGGCAGGAUGUGUCGCAAAGACAGCAGUCGCACCUCUUGAUAGAGUUAAGAUCCUUUUCCAAGCUUCAAACCCUGAUUUCCAGAAAUACGCUGGAACUUGGAGUGGAGCAUAUCGAGCCGGACUCGCAAUAUACAGAGAUGGAGGUGCAAGAGGAUUGCUUCAAGGUCACUCAGCGACUCUUCUCCGCAUAUUUCCGUACGCGGCCAUAAAGUUUAUGGCCUAUGACCAAUGGAGAGUGCUUUUAAUACCGACUAGGGAUAAAGAAACGAAUUUCCGACGGUUUACUGCAGGUGCUCUUGCAGGCUUGACCUCCGUUACUUUCACCUAUCCACUCGAGUUGGUCCGCGUACGCAUGGCGUUCCAUAGUCGACUAUCCAGUAAUUUCGCCGGCCAAACGCGCCCCUCCUUCCUCCGAGCUAUGCGCGUCAUAUAUAACGAAGGUUCCACUCCUUCCCCUACAACGCGGACCACGACAGCGCACAUUUUUGAGCGCUUCCCCAUUCUCAAGUUUUAUCGUGGCUUCACCGUGACCAUGGUGGGCAUGAUCCCCUACGCCGGCACGGCAUUUCUUACUUGGGACUUCUUGCGCGCACAUUUCUACCCAGCCAUCGAUGAGCACUCCAAACGACCUCACUCCUUGGCAAAUCUUGCCAUUGGCGCUGUUUCUGGUGCAAUUUCGCAGACUGUAUCAUACCCCUUUGAAGUCGUUCGUCGGCGAAUGCAAGUCGGGGGGUUGACUACACCAGAUCGGUGGCUACGGUGGGGAGAGACCGUACACGCUGUUUACGCAAGUGGGGGCUGGAGAGGUUUCUAUGUUGGAUUAGGAAUAGGUUACUUGAAGAUCAUACCCAUGACUGCCAUUAGUUUUGCUGUUUGGCAGGGAGGCAAGAGUCUGCUGGGUGUUUAGAGGUUAUAACAAGCCUUAUUUCAUCACUACA